UUCUUUUUUUGUUUAAAUUGUUUUCGAAGGCAAAAAAUAAGUGUAUGACUAUGAAAUUAAUCUUCUCUUCACCAAUGUCUCUUGUUUGAAUAUGCCACAGGGCAAAUAGAGGAAGGAAAGGAAGCAGAAAAUCUGACCUUUAUGUACAAACUUAGGUAAGAAAAAUAAUUAGUUGCUACAGUUAGUUGCUACAAGUAAAAUACAUAUGUAAAGGAAAGGAAGAAAAGUCCGCAAAAAAAAGUCCGCAGAAAGGGCACCUCCAUCUUCAUAAGUACCCCGCAUUUUAUCCACUUCCUGACCAUAUGUCCUCUACUUUUUCCUUGCACGACCGGUAAAUCCAUCUUCCUAUUCAAGAAAUUUCCGGAGUCUUCUGCAAUCUUUUUAUAACAAUUUAUUUUUUUAGACCUUUCAAAAAAUAAAAUGGCAAAAUUUAUCAGGUUUCCCUUUCCCCUUUUUUACUUUACAAAUUUUUUCAGUUAUGACGACAUUGACAGAGCCCCUCAAGAACGCGCUCGUGGAAUUACUAUUAACAUUGCAAAUUUAGAAUAUGAAAGGCAUUAUGCACAUAUUGAUUGUCCUGGCCAUAGUGAUUAUAUCAAAAAUAUGAUAACGGGUGCAUCGCAAAUGGACGCUGCAAUUUUAGUUAUAGCUGCAACAGAUGGAGUUAUGCCUCAAACAAAAGAGCAUUUAAUGUUAGCUAAACAAAUUGGGUUGGAAGAAGUUAUUGUUUUUAUUAAUAAGGCAGAUCUUGUUGAUAAAGAUGAUUUGGAAUUAGUCGAGAUGGAAGCACGUGAACUUUUGAAUGACUACUCUUUUAAUGGUGAGACUACCAAAGUAAUUUAUGGCUCUGCUCUACAGGCUUUACAAGGAGAAGAUCACAAUUGUAUUGAUGAAUUAUUAAAAGCUUUGGAUUCUUUAAAAGCGCCAAAUCGUACGGAGGAAGGCUCGUUUCUAAUGCCAAUAGCCAACAAAAUAAAAAUUCCAAACAGUAAAGAUUCCGUUUUGAUUGGAACAGUUGAAAGAGGGCAGCUUAAAAAAGGCGAACAUAUCGAAAUUAGAGGGUUUGAACAUUUCCAAAAAGUAACGGCUGGCGAAAUUCAAGUAUUUAAGAAAACUGUACGGGCUGGAGAACAAUGUGGAAUUUUAUGUAGAAAUUUAAUUUUUGAUGGUGUUCAUAAAGGAAUGUGGUUAGGCGCUCCUGGGACUGUGCAAACGACAAAUAUUGUUAAGAUUAAACUUUACAUGCUAAAUGAAAACGAAAAUGGUCGGAAACAAGGCAUCCGUUCUGGCCACACAGUCCUUACUUUUUGCACAACAUGGGAUAAAGGAUGUAGAAUAUUUUUUGAUAAUGAACUUUUAAUGCCUGGAGAAGUUACAAAUGGCUAUUUAGUUUUUCUUAGAGAAGUGCCGAUAAGAAAAGGAUCUAAAAUUACCUUACGAGAGUCAAGAAGACGCGUUUUAGGACACGGAGUUGUUGUAGAACUUUAUGAACAGCAAUUUCUUGAUACUUGGAAUCGUUUUGAUGCUGAAGGAUUCCUCAAAGAUUUGAAGCCUUUAGAUGAAAAUAAAAAAAGAAAAUAA